AUGCCAACUCUUAUCUCCAUCCACAUUGAACACCGCCCUUCAGUCAAAUACCUCGGAGGGAUGCUUGCAUUAAUUAGCUUCGAUUCCACAGUCGUUGCAAGAGAACUCCUAGAAAAUGAGAGGAAUUGGAAAGAUACAUUCAAAUGGAUGAAGAUGGGAUUCACUGAAGUCACAAAAUUCGAACACGUAACUUGGAUUAGGAUAGUGGGACUCUCUCUCCGAAUAUGGAAUAAUUCCAACUUCUCUGCUAUUGUGGGAAAGAUCAGGAAAAUUAUGGGGCCUAUAGACCAUAUCACAAAUCGCGUUGACCUCUCUGUGGUGAAGUUAGCCAUACUCACAGACAAAUUAACAAAACUCAAUGAUUAG